GACAAGCAUGGGGACCGCUAUGGCAGCACGUCAGGUUCUCCGCUGGACUGUGAGGACUGCCGCCUCCUCUCGGCUCAGUCCGCUUCAGUUCGGGGGAUGCCGUGUCCAGCCUGUAUGCGUCGGAUGCGGAUUACUCUGUUCCUCCACCAGCCAGACUUCUCUGCAGCCAAUCCAAAACAACUAUAAACUUAGUCAAGUGUCUGAGAGUCCUGUCACAGAGCUGUCCCUGCAGUCUUUAGUCGAAAUGGGAUUCACAGACACCCAGGCGGAGCAAAUAUAUGAGGCUGUGUCAAAAGUCAGAGGAGGGAGUGCUAACAAACAUGUCCUGUCAACUAUCACAACUCUGUUAGUGUUGGGGCUCAAUCCUUCCAGUGUGCAGAAGCUGCUGCAGAAAUGUCCUGAGCUUUACGCUGUCAAAGAGUCGCAGCUUCAGCAGCGCAUAAGCAACCUGAGGAAACUGGGUUUAGCUGAAGGCAGUCUUCAGAGAGUGGUGGCCCAUUACCCCCAGAUCCUUACUGUUCCUGUGAAGACAGUAAAACAUGUGGUGAUGUUUCUCAGAGAGAAGUGUCUGUUUACUGUCCAGCAGGUCACAGACAUCCUCAGAGACUCUCCGGCCAUAGUACUGGAGGAUCUGGGUCAGGUGGAGUACAAGUUUCAGUACAUUUACUUCCGAAUGGGUGUCAAACAGGCUGACAUGAUGAAGUCCAGAUUGUUCCGUUACAGCCUAGACGAGAUUCGCUGUCGACACUGUUUUCUGGAGCGUAGGGGUCUGUACCAAACCCCAGACAAGAAAGGACAGACGACCAUCGUCAACCCUAAACUGGACAGCAUCCUUAACGUUGACCAGGGCACCUUCCUCAAAGUGAUCGCAAAGGCCUCAGCGGAGGAGUAUGAGGUCUUUCAGAGACUGAUGGAAAGAGAAUGGCAGGAACAGGAGAAGGAGUAUGGCAGCAUUGAAGCUGAUAGCGAUGAUUAUGAGGAAGAAGAGGAGGAUGAAGAAGACGAGGAGACUGGAGGCAGGAGUGGCUACAGGAAGAGAAGAAAGAAAUGACAGUGGACUGAGAGAACUGGAAAUAAUUUAAAGAGGAAAUGAAGCGAUGAGAGAAGGUGACGUAUCUGAUGGUAAAUGAAUAAAACAUUACUUGUUUGUUGUUUCAACUGUUUGUUGAAAUCAGGUUGAUCAUUAAGUGCUAUAGAAUAUUUUUAUCUAAAACACACAUGGAAACAAUGUUGUGGUUAUUGUUACCUGGUGGGGUUUCUUUUGAAUGUAUCCAUGGUAGCAACAGAUUGGACUGAGUGAACUCUCUGGAGCUGAUUUUGGAUUGUGUCUAGUUAAGUUGGCUCAUACAGGUGUGAGAUGCGGUGAGGUUAUGCUGAUAGAUGAGGAUUCUAUAUGGGUGGAUUACAACUACCAGGUAUGAAGAUGAUUAAACAUUUCUGCCAUACACCGUUUUCACCAUCAAAAAAGGUUUUUGGACUUUCCAUAAGAGGCCAUAUAAGUUAAGGCAGAUGCUUAACUGCCAUAGUUCUUGGUUCAGUAAAAUUAAGAGGGAAAUGUCAAUUUAAUAAAUUGAACUUGAUCUAGUUUUCAAAUGAGUUCCUUCGACAGAAUGAGAUUUAAAAGAUAUGGGGUAGAAAACACUGAAAAAAACAACAGCAUGAGCCGCUGAAGAGGAUGAAAAGCUCCGCCCCGUUACUAUGUUACGGCCAAGUGGCGGCAGCUUUCUCCUUCCAUAUAUUAUCUGUAUGAGUCAACAAAGAGUGCUUCAGAUAAGGCCGGCAGGCGAGACAAGUCGUACAAACCACCCAUCGAUUUAUAGGAGCGUUAAGCCUAAUGGAUGCGCAACACAAAGAGGUUUUUCUGUUCUGGACAUCAGGUAAGAAAACUCACCUUUGGCCAAUCAAUAAAUUGUCAAUGGGUGUGUCUGUGCAAAGUUUGAACAGAACCAAGUGCUUUUCUGUUUUUGUCUCAGAUUUUUGAUUAUUCAUAAGCAUUUGAGGAGGUGGUGGCGGCAACAUUGCCAUGUCUGGAUUAUUCCCCUAAAGAUUUAACUUUAUCCUUUUAAAUAAUUAUGCCCCACCUGAAAGUGUGGGUAAAUUCAUUAUUAUCAAAAUUCCCCAAAAGAGUCAUUUGUAUUAUUUUUCUGCAGUGUGUUUAACUGAUAUUUUCCACUGUUUCUCCCAUUAAGUUAAUUAUUCACAGCUUCAGCCACUUCAUUUGCAUUUGUUUUCAUUUGGAACAGAGCAGAUAGCCUUUGCAACUGAAGGGCCAGAGUCCGUUACUGUAUAUAUGUUGGUUCCAGCUGCUUAUUUUAAUAAUGAUCUUGACUGAACUCAUUUAACAUGGGCUAUAAAUUGCUGGAAGAGGGAAAUGACAAAACUUGCAUAAAUGUAAUUAUAAUCAAGAUGGAGUCAGCCAAAGCAGUGCAUGAAAAAUGUGUAUAUUUACAGGUUUGGCCAGCCUGCAAUACAUCAAGACGAUGGAUAUGAGAACACCUAGUGAUUGUUUAAAGACCAUAAUUCACAAAGUAGUUACUGCUGUUAUUCUUCCUCAUGUGGAUACCCAUGUUUGGUUUUUAAUUUGGUUGCAAGGCAUUAUGGUUAUCUUACAGAACAGCCCUGCAGUGUUUUCAAAUACACAGUUAAUUUACCUAAAAGUAGCAAAAUUGUGACAAGGGAUUCAAUAAGAAGCACUUU